CAGAAACAGGGAACAGGACCUCAAACCCUUUAUUAUCUGAUAAGUCUCUUAACUAAUUCAUUAAACUAUCGUUGGUUGGCUUUGGGUAAACCACACUGUCGUUAUGUAGCAUUGACUUGAUCAAGUCCUGUUGCAGUGAGGCCAGCUACGUUUUCUCUUUUAAAUAACAGUAGUUCUGUGUACUCAUCUUGUAAAAUGUAGUCAAUGUUACCUCCUUACAAUAUCAGCUCUUUAGCUAGGUUACCUAAGUGUUAUAUCUUUCACUGCAUGCUGAAAGCAAGGAAGUUGCACAACUUCUUCCACUUACGCUUUUAAACACAUUCCUAGUGUUACUAGCAAACACUAUGUGUCCUAUCUUUUGACCAAAAUGUAAAUAACAAUUCACCUCUUCAGAUGUAAACAAAACUCAAGUAGAGUAGUUCUCAUUAAAGCUGUGACUUUUAUGUGUGGGGCAGUGUACCACCAUGAGGCGUUAGAAGGAAUAAACAUCUCAUAAUACACAAUGUCUAAAUAGAAUGGUGUUAUGCUGUUGGUAAUGUAAGUCUUCAGUAAUGAAGACUUGGAGACAUACCUCCAACCCACAUGGAGAUAUUAAAAUAUUUAGUACGAUCACGUGCAUUUGAGAAGCAGCAUCUACUCACUGGCCGUGCAGUAAUGAACUGAACAGUACCAUGUUUUGCAAAUAAUUGAAUUAGUGAACAGCAAACUUCUAGAAAACUGGUAACAGUAAUUAUUAAAAUGAAUAAUUAUCUUAAUAUAGUUUGUAAUCAUAAUUCUCCCGUGUUAUAAAAUCAGAAUUACGUGGAGUAUCUGUGCACUUUUGUACUGUCCUUUGUGGUUUUUACUCUAUUUUUUUUUCCCAGUUGUAAGGACUUCCACUAGGCAUGGAUGCUUAAUGAGUAACAAGUUAUUUUUUAAUUGCAAAUGAUAGAACAGUGGCAUUUUUUAAUUUUUUAAGUCAGAACAUAAAAAUGAUCAAUCUGACUUUCUGUCAGAGUAAUUGCAAGGGCAGAGAAUUGACUUGCUCUAUUACCAGCAAGAACUUUUCUCUUUGUAUUGUGUUUUUAUAAUGGUUGUAAUCAUAAGACAGUUAGAAAAAACAUACUCUGAGGCCAGCAAAUUAGUAAUUGUUAGGUAUAAAUAGGAGGAGGAGAAUGCCCAUCGUGGAACGAUUUCAAUUAGACUUAUGUUACAUUAUGUUCAUAAAAUCUUUUGUACCCGUGUGCUCUUAAUCCUUAAGGCUUUUGUCCAUAUUUCAAGUAGGCACAAUUUUGACACGUGGAUGACAUUUUUAGCUCUAUUUGCAGAAGCAGCUUCAGAGCAUCAGCUACCUGUAAAUGGACAGAGAAGCAUAAACAUUCCAAAAGUUUAUUUUUUUAAGGCACUAUUCCGUUUUCUGAACCUUGUGGCUUUGAGCUUCUCUGUUAGCAAUAGGUAUUGGCCCAUCAGCCUCUCCUCCAUCCCUGGGAAGGUGAUGGAACAGUUUAUUCUGGAUGUCAUCUCCAAGCAAGUGGAAGAGAAGCAGGUUAUCAGGAAUAGUCAGCAUGGGUUCCCCAAGGGGCGAUGAUGCUUGACCAAUCAGGUAGCCUUCUGUGAUGUCAUCAGUGGCUGAGUAGAUGUGGAGAGAGCGGUGAAUGUUGUGUACCUUGGCUUCAGGAAGGCUUUUGAUACUGUCUUCCAUAACAUCCCCAUAGUGAGAUAGAAGAUGAAUUCAGCUGAAAUCACUGAUGACGAUGAAGUAAAAAUUCCUAAAAAAAAUAUUGUGAAAGUAGAAACAGAGAAUGAAGAUGAAGCUCUAGACUGCUCGGUAACAUCCAGAUCUUCUGAGAAACACUCAGUGGAUGGCGCAGUUACUUGCCUACAGGAUUCCAACAAACGGAAACAGACCUCACUUGGUUGUGAUGGUUCAGGGAGCCAGCAAGAUGUCUUACCCAGUGUGAAGAAAAGACGCUUUACACAAGAGGGCCCCAAUUCAAACAUGAAGAACAGAGAUACUGGCUCACCCACUCAGGUAAAUGCAGAGCAGCCAAGCAAGAACAAGAAUCCUAAUAUAACAUGGCUCUGUGAGGAAGAACCCUUCGGCGACAUAACCACUUCGUCUUACAAGAAGCCCCUUUAUGGCAUCUCACACAAAAUUACAGAGAAGAAGAAUGCACCAGGAACAGAGCAGUUUGCCUCUUAUGACUUGUAUGAAAAAAUCAGCCCCAGCAGUCCCUCGCAUCUUCGGACUUUGAAUGACCAGCGCAAAAGGGACUCUGCUGUGGCCCUCGCUGCGGCAGCUGCCGCUGUAGAGUCUGACCCAAAUAUAUAUUCUUUGAUACAGAAAAUGUUCUUCACGCUUAACACUCUCAGUUCCAAUAUGACCCAGCUUCACAAUAAGGUUGACCUGCUGUCUCUGGAGGUGAGCAGAAUUAAAAAGCAAGUCAGUCCAGUGGAGUGUGUGGCAGAUUUCAAGCCUCCCCCUGAGUACACGCUGACUUCUGCAGAGCUCAAACAACUCAUGGAUCAAAGCACGUCAGGUGGAGACCUUGCCUGCCGGUUACUGGUACAGCUCUUCCCAGAGCUCUUCAGCGACGACGAGUUCAACAGGAACUGCAGUGCAUGUGGCUUUCCUAACAAGAGGAAGCUGGAGUCUCUCCAUCUGCAGUUUAUCCGUAGCUAUGUGGAAGUCUGUUAUCCUUCUGUGAAGAGUACAGCUGUGUGGCAGGUGGAGUGUUUGCCUCAACUCAACGAUUUUUUCAAUAGAUUUUGGGCUCAAAGGGAAUUGGAAAAUAAUCCACAGAAUGUGCAAUCAUCCAGUUUUUAUGAGACUGAACAGGUGGAUUCCUCUCAUUUUCUUGAGGAUAAAGAGCAAGAAGAAGCUUUGUCCUUGGACAGGAGUAAUGCCAUUGCCUCAGACUACAUUCUAGAUGCUCAGGAUCUCAAUGAAUUUUUAGAUGAAGCUUCUUCUCCGGGGGAAUUUUGUGUUUUUUUGUUACAUAGAUUGUUUCCAGAACUCUUUGACCACAGAAAAUUAGCUGACAGGUACAGCUGCUAUGGGGACUCUGGGAAGCAACUGCUGGAUCCUCAUCGGCUUCAGAUAAUCCGUAGGUACACUGAAAUUUACUUUCCAGAUGUACAAGAAGAGGAAGCCUGGUUGCAGCAAUGCGUUCAGCGAAUAAAUGAAGAACUUGAAAAUGUGUAUAUGGAUGGAAGUGAAUGUGAUCAGUUGAGAGAUGACUGUUACGAUUCUUCUAGUUUACCAGAUGAUGUAUCCAUCAUAAAAGUGGAAGACAGUUUUGAAUAUGAAAAACCAGGUAGACGCUCAAAAAAAAUAUGGCUUGUGCCCAUUGACUUUGACAAACUUGACUUUCCCCCUCCUGAUUUUGAUGUCCCUGUUCCCGAUUACCUAUUGAACAAAGAGCAGAUUAAAAACAUAUAUGAAAGCAGUCUUUCCAUAGGCAACUUUGCCUCUCGGCUGCUUGUUCUCUUGUUUCCUGAGCUGUUUACUCAUGAAAACUUACGGAAGCAAUACAACUGUAGUGGGUCUUUGGGCAAGAAGCAGCUUGAUCCCACUAGGAUUAAGUUAAUUCGGCAUUAUGUGCAGAUACUGUACCCAAGGGCAAAGAAUGACAGAGUGUGGAUGUUGGAGUUUGUUGGGAAGCUUGACGAGAGGUGUCGGCGAAGGGACACGGAGCAGCGGCGCUCGUACCAGCAGCAGCGGAAGGUCCACAUGCCGGGGCCCGAGAGGAGGGAGUUCCUCAGCUAUGCAAUAAACCCCGAAAGGUUUCGAGAGGAGUUUGAAGGGCCACCACUGCCACCCGAAAGGAGCAGCAAGGAUUUUUGCAAGAUACCACUCGAUGAACUCGUUAUUCCUAACCCAGACUUCCCUGUGCCUUCUCCGUAUUUGCUGACUGACAAGGAGGUGAGAGAGAUCGUGCAGCAGAGCCUUUCUGUCGGAAACUUCGCCGCCAGGCUUCUCGUAAGACUCUUCCCAGAACUCUUUACUCCCGAAAAUCUCAGACUGCAAUACAACCAUUCAGGUGCUUGUAACAAAAAACAGCUGGAUCCCAUCAGACUGAGACUGAUCCGUCAUUACGUGGAAGCGGUUUACCCCGUGGAGAAAAUGGAAGAAGUAUGGCAUUAUGAAUGUAUACCGAGCAUUGAUGAAAGAUGCCGGCGUCCUAACAGAAAAAAGUGUGACAUACUGAAAAAAGCAAAGAAAGCAAAGAAGUGACGGGAUCUUUGAAUUCCUAAGACUUUGACCACUAAAUUAUUGUCAGGAUUAUGCUUUGUUUUAGACUGAGGGGCCUGUCAAGCUGGGGCUGCUCAGCAUCUGGGAGAACUAGGCACUGAGUUUGUUGCAUUUUAAUGUGUGCGUUGCAUCUAUGUGGGCACUGCAGCAGUGGGAAGUGGCUUACUAGGUUUGUACGUGAGUAAAGAUCCUAAGUCAUUGGUGGCAGAGCUCUUAGGGACUCAUUAAGAGCAUGGCUUUCACUGGUGCAAGUACAUGUAUUGAAACUGUAUUAUGCCACUCCCCAUUUCUGCAUCUUCCUUUUUUAUCACUUUUUAAUAAUAAAGAUUUUUUUUUUUUAAUGUGGUGCUCUUCAGGGGCAGUAUUUCAUUUCACCCUUAUACACAAUCAUGUUAGUUCAUUUGGAGUUUGAAAUUGAAACUUCAUCAAAGUCUACAAAACUAAUGCUUUUUUGAAGUGCCAUAUUCAUUGGGACGUCUGACUUUGCUUCUACAGUAAUAGCAACUUUAAUGUGUUUUGUUCUUAUUGAUACUGAGAUACUGAAAAUAGUAACACCAUGUCCAAGAAUGGGUCAGAGUGGUGUAAUUUCCAUUUUUGACUGUUACUUAUGUUUUGUUUCUAAAAAUUCUAAGAAUUGAACUAUUGAAGAGUUGAGAUGUGUGCAUAGAUAUGAUGUGAAUGUUUCUUUACAUUGGCACCCCAAGCUUGAUCCUGCCCCUGUGAGUUUUUUUUUUUUGCCCAGUGUCACGGUUGGCAUGACUGAGGAUGGCUUGUGCAAGUAGAGCCAGCAGCACAGACCCAAGCCUGCACCUGUGGAAUGUAUUGCCAUUGCCUGCCUGCCUGCCUGCCUCUCUGUAAAACAACAAUAACUAGAUAAGCAACAAGGACUUAAAAAACUUUUAGACCUUACUGUGUCAAAAUGAUGAUUCCAAAGGUUUCCAGUGUUAAUAUCAAAUUGCAUAAAUAAAAGGUAGCCACAAAGAUUAGUUUUGGGAUGCAAUGAAGUGCUACAGGCUCCCCACAUAUGAGCUGUGGUAAUGUAACUUGCUCUUUGCAUCAGCGUGGCACCGUCUGGAUUUUUCAGAUGUAGGGAUAUUGAGCUCGCUCACUUAGCCAAAUUGAUUUAGUGUAAUUAGUAGCUAUUUGGAGACAUAAUUGUGUAUGUGUAACUUAGGUUCAUACGGUCAAGUUUGCAUCAAUGAUACGUUCGUAUGUAACAUAGGCCACCCAGAUCCCACUGUGACUCUGCUAUAUGAUUUAUCACUGGAGAGCACAGCUUUAAAACAGCUUUCCUCUUUUUUAAUGGCAAUGUAAAUGAUGAGAGAGUGUCAGAUAUGCAUUUUUCAGUCAGUAGAGUCAGCGGUUGCGUACUGACCUUCGCUGGAACACCUCGGAGCAAUUGUUGAUGUUCUCUGUGGUCCUUUUUAAUUGUUCCUAAAUGGGUCAUAGUAUGGAAUUUGAAGUCUGUUCCAGUGUAAUUUUCUAUUUUAGCAUUUGUAAGAAAAUACAAAAUACUUGAUAUUUUUACUCCAGAUUUUUAGAAUUUAUUGUUCUUAGAGUCAUAUUGAUCCCUCCCUUUAAAAAGCAAAACAGAACAUUUUUUCCUAAUGGUGAGUACUAGCAACAGAAUUGUGUGUUAAACCAGGAGUAAAUCAUAACAGAUUUGCAUUUGCUCAUUUUCCCCAUGUGCUAGCAACAUUCUCAGAGAAUGUAUGAAGUCAUGAAUGUAUUAAACGAUACACUGAUAUGAUUUGUGUCCAUCUAAAUGUUUCCCAUUGGUUUAAAUAAUAGCAGACCAUGCACAACAUGGAUAUCGGAGCUAACAUGGCUAAAAUAAAAACAUUUUACCAAAGAUAAAGAACUGAUACCACAACGUCUGCAUCUUAUCUUUCAUUUCAGUGCAUAAAUUUAGCAAAUUGAAUGUGCCAGGAACUGAGACCUUCUCUUGUAAUUGUAUGCUACUGAGUGCCUCUGUGAAGUCUUCUACGUGCACUUGUAUGGGAGAUAUAAAAUCACAGAAAAUAUCAACAGCCUGUUGUGAAUGCCCGACCAGAUGGCAAGAAAUGCAAAGUGUGGCUUUCCUUUAUAAUUAUUUUUUUCUUAUCUUGAUAUCAUACAUGUUUUACCACUAAGUGACGUUGAAGCUCCCAAAAGAAGCCGAUAACAUUAAACUUUUGUACCGCUGACAGGUGUCACUAGCUAGCAUGCGAAUUUAAGACGUACUGGCUUUGACUGUAGAUGUUGUAAUUUUGCAGUAUCUCCUGAUACGUCAGAAAUCAGUCUGUUUAUCUUACAUACUGAUCAGUGAAAAAGCAAUUUUCAGCUUUUAAAAUGGCAUUUUCAAAAGUGGGUACAGAAAGAUCCUCGCUGUUUUUUCUCUUAACUUAUGUCUAAUUGCUGUGUACAUUCCUUUUGUCUCACUGUUCCCAAUCUUUCAUGAUUUGUUUGAUUGUAUGCUUUGUGAAGAAAAUAGAGACAUCCGAAUAGUGACACGGGGUCACAAAACAAAAAGCUCCUGCAGUGCAUCCGAAGUACAGCCACUUCAUCCAGUCGGUCUGUCCUGUAAAUAAAUUAAAGGUAUAUUAUUUUCAUACAAGA